AUGGUGUAGUGAGGCUCUUGAGUUUCCUCGCUGGCAUUUCAUGGUUGUGACUCUGCUCAGGAACUUCCCCAGGUGAGCCCUCGCUUCUUCUGAGCACGGCACCCCCCUCCCAUCUCAGCCAGGAUGCCAGUGAGGCGCUGGGCCCCUGGCAGCCAGUGCGUCACCAAGUGUGAGCACACCCGCCCCAAGCCAGGGGAGCUGGCCUUCCGCAAGGGUGAUGUGGUCACCAUCCUGGAAGCCUGCGAGAACAAGAGCUGGUACCGUGUCAAGCACCACGCCAGCGGGCAGGAGGGGCUGCUGGCGGCCGGCGCGCUGCGGGAGCGUGAGGCCCUCUCNUGGGCCCAGCCCAACAUGCCCCCUUCCCCCGGCCGCAGGUGGUUCCACGGGAAGAUCUCAGGCCAGGAGGCCGUGCAGCAGCUGCAGCCGCCAGAGGAUGGGCUGUUCCUGGUGCGCGAGUCAGUGCGACAUCCAGGCGACUACGUGCUGUGUGUGAGCUUCGGCCGCGAUGUCAUCCACUACCGCGUGCUGCACCGCGAUGGCCACCUCACCAUCGAUGAGGUCGUCUGCUUCUGCAACCUCAUGGACAUGGUGGAGCAUUACAGCAGGGACAAGGGGGCCAUCUGCACGAAGCUCAUGAAGCCCAAGAGGAAGCAGGGCACCAAGUCUGCGGAGGAGGAGCUGGCCAAGGCUGGCUGGUUACUGAACCUGCAACAUUUGACGCUGGGAGCACAGAUCGGAGAGGGGGAGUUUGGAGCCGUCCUGCAGGGUGAGUACCUGGGGCAGAAAGUGGCCGUGAAAAACAUCAAGUGUGACGUGACCGCCCAGGCCUUCCUGGAUGAGACCGCCGUCAUGACGAAGAUGAAACAUAAGAACCUGGUGCGCCUCCUGGGUGUAAUCCUGCACCAGGGACUGUACAUCGUCAUGGAGCACGUGAGCAAGGGCAACCUGGUGAACUUUCUACGGACGCGGGGUCGGGCCCUUGUGAACACUGCCCAGCUCCUACAGUUUUCUCUGCAUGUGGCCGAGGGCAUGGAGUAUCUGGAAAGCAAGAAGCUGGUGCACCGCGACCUCGCCGCCCGCAACAUCCUCGUUUCCGAGGACCUGGUGGCCAAGGUCAGCGACUUCGGCCUGGCCAAAGCCGAGCAGAAGGGGCUGGAUGCAAGCCGGCUGCCGGUCAAGUGGACAGCGCCCGAGGCUCUCAAACACGGGAAGUUCUCCAGCAAGUCGGAUGUCUGGAGUUUCGGGGUGCUGCUGUGGGAGGUCUUCUCAUAUGGACGGGCUCCGUACCCUAAGAUGUCGCUGAAGGAGGUGUCAGAGGCUGUGGAGAAGGGGUACCGCAUGGAGGCCCCCGAGGGCUGCCCGGGCGCCGUCCACGCCCUCAUGGGCAGCUGUUGGGAGGCGGAGCCCGCCCGCCGGCCGCCCUUCCGCAAACUGGCCGAGAAGCUGGCUCGGGAGCUGCGCAGCGCAGGCACCUUGGCCCCCAUCGGGGGGCAGGACAUCGAUGGCUCCACUUCGCCCCAGAACCAGGACCCUUGACCCUGCCCAGUGGGGCUGAGGGUCCCUGAGGACCAAGAGAGUGGGGGGCAUAGGUUGGGGGCGUGGGUCAUGCCCGAGGAGGAUCACAUGACCAGCGAGCUGCCCUCCUGGCUCCCAGGGCAGAGGCAGGCCCACGUGGGGGGCUCUGGGCAGCCUGUGGACACCACAGACUUGGGAAGGUGCAGGGUUAUCGCCUUGAUAAAGAUAGUUCCGAGGAC